AUGACAACCGUGCAAUCGUUCGAAGCGACGGAUCUUUUUAAAUUGAAUAACGUCAACUUAGAUAUAUUAACGGAGAACUUUCCAUUGGAAUUCUACUUCGAGUAUCUAAUAUUAUGGCCAGAAUUGUUCUUCAAGAGUGUAGAAACAACAAUUGGGGACACAUCAAAUGACAACAUCUCAGGUUAUAUGAUGGCAAAAACUGAAGGUAAAACCCAUGAAUGGCAUUCUCAUAUUACUGCUGUGACAGUAGCUCCUGAAUUCCGUAGAAUUUCACUCGCUUCCAAAUUGUGUAAUUCACUCGAGGCAAUGACUGAUUCUCCACCGCACGAAGUAAACUUUAUUGACUUGUUUGUGAAAUGUAAUAAUGUUUUGGCCCUCAAUUUAUACGAAAAACUAGGGUAUAGUGUAUAUCGACGAGUAAUUGGUUACUAUAAUUCUCCUGCCGACGGUUAUCCACUAACUUUGAAGAAGACCGAUGAUGACAAGGAUGCCUUUGAUAUGAGGAAAAGUAUGGUCAGGGAUGAAGGACGUAGUAUAAGGAAGAAUGGGAGAAAUGAGAAAUGUUACCCACAUGAAGUCAAAUUUUAG